UACCGAUUCACCGGUUUGCGGGGAAAAACAACCGUUCAGACAACUCGCAUUCUUGACUCUCCUCGAGAGAAAUUUUUCGACCAGCAUCGGACGGGACCAGUAAAAUGAUGGAAGAGAGAGGCGACCAGUUCUUCGCGGACCUGCAGACGCUGGACCUGACCGUCGACUUGCAGCAGGAAGCGAUCGGCGCGGCGGCGGCUCCCGGCGGCAUGUUUCUGAACGCCGACCACGAUCAUCAUCACCACGAGUAUGCCGACGGGUUCCCGCCAUUUUCCUACUCCAUGGAGAACGUUAACGUUGCGUCAAACAACCACGCAGUCGACUUUGGCGGUGAUGACCAGUUCAACAACUCCAUGGCGGGCUCAGCGCAGUUCAGCAUCUACCGACACUGUGAGCUGGAGACCGUCAUCCCAUCGCUGGGGGACAGGCUGGCUGCGCUAGAUGAGAGGGUUGUCCAGGGUGCGGACUGGACGCCCGUGCGGCCCAUCAUGAGACGCUCUGGCGCACUGGAAAGUCCUCCGGAGGACGCAGACACAGGUUCACCCAAGCAGCAGCGCAUGGCAGCCAACAUCCGGGAGCGACGGCGCAUGCUCAACAUCAACUCUGCUUUCGAAGAGUUACGUCAUCACGUCCCGACGUUUCCUUACGAGAAGAGACUAUCCAAGAUCGACACAUUACGACUGGCCAUCGCGUACAUCGCGCUGUUGUCCGGGAUAGUCCAGUCAGGCCUGGAGCCGUGCUGCUACAUACAGCAGUGUCUAAAGCACGGGCACACAGACUCGUACACAGACGUCUGGAUGACCAGUGAUCUAACGGCGCGAUUGUCUUGGAUCACGUGGGAAUGAUAGGGCGGACUGUGACCGAGGGAAAACACUCCUCCAACUUGAAUGUUCGUUCAAAUAUAAUUAUCAAAAGUGAGAAAAUCGUCAUAUGGAAUUAUGAAAUAUUAGAUGCACGAAAUACUGCUUACUAACGUAUCUGU